AUCUACAGUAGAAACCGGAAGUCGGACACAGCCUUCCUAAGUUCCUAUUUUGGGGAGAACCGUACUGUUGGUUAGUCAGAUCAAGUAAAUUUUGCUUAAGUUGUAUUAGAAUUCAAUAAGAGUUCAGAUAAACUCAUUUGCCGCUUGUUUGCGAUCUUUUCGAAAUAGUUACAAAGAAGAGGUUAUGUCGUUCCGGGUAAGGCAAAGUAAAUUUCGGCAUGUAUUUGGCCAAGCUCUAAAGAAAGAUCAAUGUUACGACAACAUCCGAGUUACGAAAAGUGCUUGGGAUUCGACCUACUGUGCCGUUAAUCCGAAAUUUUUGGCGAUCAUCACGGAGGCCGCUGGAGGAGGAGCAUUUUUGAUAUUACCGGUUGAAAAGACUGGACGUAUAGAACGAGAUAUACCGUUAGUCUCAGGACACAAGAAGGCUGUUUUGGACAUUCAAUGGUGUCCACAUAACGAUAACGUAAUCGCGAGCGCUUCAGAUGACUGUACCGUCAAGGUCUGGUCGAUACCGGACGAAGGACUGGUAAAAAAUCUAGAAGAACCGAUUACAACUCUAAUUGCUCAUCAACGACGUGUUGGCCUUAUCGCUUGGCAUCCAACGGCACAUAAUGUAUUGCUUUCAGCCGGCUCUGAUAAUAUGAUUUUUAUAUGGAAUGUUGGGACUGAGGAAAUUCUUAUUGAACUCGGUGUUUUACCUGAUUUACCACUAUGUGCUAGUUGGAAUUACGAUGGUUCGUUAGUUGCUUUUACCUGCAAAGACAAGAAGCUCCGUAUCAUAGAUCCUAGAUCCGGUGCAGUUGUUAAGGAACAUAAAGCCCACGAAGGAACGAAACCUUCGCAAGUGGUUUUCUUGAAAAACAACUUGCUAUUCACCACUGGAUUCUCUAAAAUGAGUGAGAGACAAUACGCUCUUUGGGACUCGAAUUUAGAAAAUAUAUGUAUUCAAGAGAUCGACAAUAGCAACGGAGUAAUUUUUCCUUUUUACGACCCGGAUACAAAUAUGAUUUAUUUGUGUGGAAAAGGUGAUACUGCUAUUCGAUAUUUUGAGAUAACUCAACAACCUCCCUAUGUUCAUUGGUUGGAUCAGUAUGGCUCUUCGGAACCUCAACGUGGAAUCGGAGCAAUGCCGAAAAGAGGAUUGAAUGUUAACAACUGUGAGAUUAUGAGGUAG